AUGGAAUACGAGAAGGGAGUUGGAAAAGAUUUUACAGAAGAUGGAACUACAGAUCUUAAGGGUAAACAUGUUCUAAGAUCAACUACUGGGAGAUGGAGAGCUUGUUACUUCAUGUUAGGGUAUGAAGCAUGUGAAAGAAUGGCAUACUAUGGAAUAGCAACAAAUUUGGUGUUGUAUUUAACAAGGGAAUUGCAUGAAGGGACUGUCAAGUCAUCAAACAAUGUCACAAAUUGGGUGGGAACUGUGUGGAUGACUCCUCUUUUGGGUGCAUACAUUGCCGACACAUAUUUGGGAAGAUAUUGGACUUUCAUGAUUGCUUCAGUCAUUUAUCUUGUGGGUAUGUGCUUAUUGACUCUUGUGGUCUCACUAUCAUCCCUAAAGCCACCAUCAUGUGGGAAAAAUGUGAGUUACCUAGACUGCGAUAAACGGGCUUCGUCGUUUCAAGUUGGUAUCUUCUAUUGUGCACUCUACAUCAUUGCAAUUGGGACGGGCGGAACCAAGCCCAACAUCUCGACAAUGGGAGCAGACCAGUUCGAUGAUUUUGAGCCGAAAGAAAGGAAACAAAAGCUCACUUUUUUCAAUUGGUGGAUGUUUAGCAUCUUUUUUGGCACCCUUUUCUCAAAUACAUUCCUAGUGUACAUUCAAGAUACUGUGGGUUGGAGCUUAGGGUAUGGUAUCCCUACAUUGGCUCUACUUGUGGCCAUAAUAGCCUUUAUAUUUGGMACACCAAUUUAUAGGCACAAGCUCAAAGGAGAAAGCCCAUUUACAAGAAUGGCCCAAGUAGUAGUUGCCUCUUUAAGAAAGAGGAAUGCAAUUGUACCUAUUGACCCUAAAGAGCUUUAUGAGUUGACUUUGGAUGAGUACUCAAAUCCUGGGAAGUAUAAAGUUGAACAUUCAUCUUCAUUAAGGUUUCUUGAUAAAGCUGCGGUGAAGAUAGAAGAACCGGCUUCUGAAUGGAAGCUGUGUCCGGUGACUCAGGUCGAGCAGACAAAACAAAUGGUCAAAAUGGUGCCCAUUUUGUGUGCAGUGUUCAUUCCUAGCACGUUGUUUGCCCAAAGUCAAACACUUUUCAUCAAACAAGGCACCACGUUGGUGCGAUCCAUUGGACCGACUUUUGAAAUCCCACCGGCUUGUCUAGCUGUAUUUCUUACGCUCUCCAUGCUUAUUAGCAUCGCAGUUUAUGACCGUUUCUUUGUCCCUUUCGUUCGAAAAUACACAAAAAACCCUAGAGGCAUCACUUUGUUGCAACGAAUGGCGAUUGGACUAGUCCUCCAUAUGAUUACAAUGAUCACUGCUAGUCUUGUUGAAAGGCGGCGACUCAGCGUGGCUCGAGAUCAUGGUAUUGUAGGGAAAAAGGAAAUCGUGCCUCUAAGCAUAUUUGUUCUCCUCCCUCAAUUCGCAUUAAUGGGCAUUUCAGAUUGUUUCUUGGAAGUCGCAAAACUUGAGUUUUUCUAUGACCAGGCGCCUGAAGGAAUGAAAAGUCUUGGAACGGCUUAUUUUACAACUAGUUUUGGUGUCGGGUAUUUUCUUAGUAGUUUCAUCCUAUCGACUGUGGCCAAUGUUACGAAAAAUAAUGGGCACGGAGGUUGGAUACAAGACAACCUCAAUGAAUCUCACCUAGACUACUAUUACGCAUUUUACACGAUUUUGAGCUUUUUGAACUUCAUCUUCUUCCUCAUUGUUGCUAAAAACUUUGAUUAUAACGCCGAAGUCAAUGUAACAGAACGAGAGCUGCAAGAAGAUGCUGGAAAGCUCAUAGAACAAAGCCAUGUUUCCGGAUGA